AUGAAGGAAAAUGAGAAUAGAGGGCCAUUUAUAGACCACACUGACAUCUAUAUUAAAAAGAUGGUGGAGCUGAUUAAACACUGCAUACUAAUGUUGAAUGAAGAGAUAGGGCUAAUCUCAAAGCUGUUGGAAGAAAAGCCUCUCAUUGUUGGAAAGGUAAAAAAUAAUGAACGGGCGGAAGAAACCAUUAAAAAAGUAAGCGUAGAGAUUGAAAAGCUAGAGGUGUUUAGAACAACAUUUGUUCCAUAUAUAAAAGACGUUGUGCGGCAGAACAGAACAGAAUAUAGAAUAGUAAAGCAAACAGAGAUACAGAUAAAGGACAAGCGGUCUGAGACAGUAGGAAACAUGAAUGUCCUAUUUAUAGAGAUAAUACAGCUGAUAGAGUAUAUUGGAGAGAACGCCAUUGAGCAGAAUCCAGCAGACGAGAAGACUAACAGCAUAAUUAAAGAAAUGUGCGAUGCAGCAGUGCAAAAGACAUUUCAAAAUCUGGAGUCCAUACAGAAAUUCAACUAUGUGGAGAAGCCCGAGAUUCCAUUGCUGAACACUGCUCCCAGGCCGAAAGUAAAGAAGGUCUCAGCAAUUCGCACUAUUUUUAGAUACUAUGUUAGAAUAGGUGUGCUUUGCGUCAUUACACUGCUUGGAAUGCUGCUUGGAGUGAUCCAUAUGGGCGUGCUAAGACAGGAGAGCAGAGCCCAGGCGAUUCCUUUGGAGUUUAUUCUUGGCCUACCCGUAGCCACUGCAGGGUGCAUCUGCAUGGUUAUGCAUUGCAGAAACAACAACAAAGCCUAUUAUAAAGACGCAUCUCUCUCAUCAUGCAUUGCUCUAUGCGCAUUCCAAGGCCUGCUUACUAUAUGCACCGGGCUGUAUAUAUAUUUCUUUCUUUGCAAGAUCAUGAACACAUGCCUGUCCAUGUGGAGCAAUUUAAACAUGUAUCUUUUCAUGUGGAUGUACAGCAUACUCUCUAUGGCAAUGUUCUAUAACAGCAUUAGACUUGAAAAACAGAUGUCUGCCUGCAAGAAUAUCCGAAGAAGAAUGCUUUUUAUGGCGCUGUAUGGCGCAUAUCUGUAUUCAGGCAUUCUUCACAUAGGCCUUAUUGUGCAUCUGCUUGUGAUUAUUGGUACCAGUACCAAGGACAGUGACUCCCUCGCAUUUAUUUCUAAAAUAAUUUCACGCUUCAUCAUAUACGUUCCAUGGGUAUCUUAA